CUCAUGUGAGGCCACCACAUUUCAUUUACCCUCUGUGUAACUUCACUGACUUCGCCCAGUUUGUUUAAGAUAUGGCAUCUGAGUGCUGUCUCAGUCUCACCAAAUACUUCCUCUUUCUCUUCAACUUGAUAUUCUUUCUCUUAGGAUCACUCCUCUUAUCUAUGGGACUAUGGAUACUACUUUCAGAGGACACAAUUUUCAUGCCUUCCCCUCCCUACAUUUCCAUCCAUCUCUUUUCUUACAUACUGAUCGUCAGUGGCUCUGUAACCAUGUCAUUAGGCUUCCUAGGAUGUCUGGGUUCUCUGAAGACUGUCAAAUGCCUGCUGGGAACUUAUUUUAUCCUGCUCACGGUUCUUCUCGCAGCGCAGAUAGUGGGUGGGGUCCUUCUCUACACCCAGAAGACUGAGUGGACUGGUUCACUAGAGAAUCACCUAAUGAAGUCAUUUGGACACAAUGAUUCCAGUCUUCAGAAUCUUAAAAAGACUCUAGACUACAUUCAGGAAGAGGCCAAAUGCUGUGGUUGGGAAGGAAAAACAGACUGGAAAGACUCUAUACCCUGUUCCUGCUAUGACAAAGGCAAUGCCACUGCCAAUGAAAUCCAAAAAUCAAAUUUCAGCUGUCCCGUAUGUCCCUCUUCAAAUCAAACCUGUGUGACUCAUGAGCAGGGUUGCAGUGAGAUUAUAAAGGCAUGGCUGGAAAAUAAUAUUUUCAUAAUUUUUGUGGUUAUUUUGGCCAUUUCUUUGACUGAGAUAUGUGGUAUGAUCCUUUCGAUGUGUUUGUAUAGAGAGGGCUCUGUGAAUUACAACACAGUUCUCUACUAAGAUGAUCAUGAUCAGUGAGGAGGAAAAAAAGUCAAGUAUUUGUUUUCUGUCAUUCAUAUAUUUGAUGUUUUGUUGAUGUGUGUUUUUUAUGAGAUUAUUAUUUUUCUGUACAUUGAUUGUUUUAUACAGAUUUUUUGGCAGCCACUUGUUGAUUUUCCUUGUUAUCCAGGUGUUAUGUUUAUGUUAUCUUUUCUAGUAUUUGUUUAUGCAAAAGUACAAAUAAUUUGACUUGUUCAUAUAAUAUUUAAAAUAACUUUUAUGUCUUGAUUUUUCAAAAUAUGUGCAUGUGACUAAGAAUGUUCUCAUUUUUUUUCAGUUUAGCCACUGGGUAAGAAAAACAUUUGGGUGGGACUGUAUAAUAUUUCACCAUUGUUGUGCACACAAAGCAAAUGACCUCAAUAUUGAGGCAAUGUGUGCGAUAC